CAUCGCACAAGGCGGCUCGCCAUUGUGCCCCGUGAUUGCCUACCGAAGUUUUCGUGUUGUGAAGGAGAAUUGAUUUGGUUUUUAGCAGUCUCCUGCGCGCUUACUAGCUGUGCCACUAUAACGGGAUUCCGUUCUCUGGUUUCGCGUAUGCAUCUCUACGGGGAAUCAAGGAUCACUGAGUUUAUACCAUAAAGGAAAUCGCGAAGUGAAUUAUCCUCGAAAAGUGACGACACAAUCUACGAAUAUCCCGCCAUCUUAGAUAAAUUCAGCAGCAAGGAAUAAUGAAGAGAGAAGCUGAUGCGGGCGCCAUGACAGGUUCAGGAGGGCCAACCAGUCCUCACAAACGUUAUCGACAGGGUGACGAUGAACUUCGUCUUCUCAUUCCCAGCAAGGUUGCUGGAUCUAUAAUAGGCAAGGGAGGACAUAACAUCACAAAGCUCCGAAGUCAGUACAAAGCCUCAAUCAUUGUACCCGAUUGCCCCGGACCCGAACGAGUUUUGACCAUCAGUUCCGAUCUAACGACAGUUCUUCAAGUCCUCAACGAGGUCGUACCUAAUCUUGAAGAGAAUGGUUCCCGACAUGGAAGUGACGAAAUUGAUGUACGUAUGCUGGUACAUCAGAGUCAAGCUGGUUGUGUCAUCGGUAAAGGAGGUUUAAAAAUCAAAGAACUACGCGAGAAAACUGGAGCCAGAAUCAAGAUCUACUCCAACUGCUGCCCACGCAGUACGGAUCGCUUGAUCAGCAUCUGCGGGAAGCCAACGACGUGCAUAGAAUGCAUCCGCGAAUUAAUCGCUACCAUUAAAACAUCGCCGUUGAAAGGUGUCAAUAGUCCAUACGACCCUCACAACUUCGAUGAUUAUUAUGCAGACGAAUAUGGUGGUUAUGGAAGUGGAGAUGGCGGCCAAGGAAGAGGCAGCGGUUUUGGAGGUGGUCCAGGAGGUCGUGGAGGCGGAGGUGGUGGUGGCGGAGGAGGUGGCGGCGGAGGUGGCGGCGGAGGAGGUGGAGGUGGCGGAGGCGGAGGCGGUGGAAUGCCACCUAGACGAGACAAUCGUGGUGGUGGCGGAGGUCCCGGUGAUAUGAAUCGUGGUUUUCCACCAUCGUCAAGAGGUGGACCUCGUGGAGGAGCUGGUGGAGGAGGGGGAGGUGGUGGAAUGACGGGUGGCCCGAUGGAUCGUGGAUAUACUGGUAACUCGAGAGCUGCUGGAGGUGGUGCUGGUAACGGUGGUGGAUACGACGGAGGAAGGAAUGCCGGCUAUGCUGGAAAUAGGGCUGGUCCGCCACCUUAUGCUACUGGAAAUUAUAACGGAGAUGGUUGGGGUAUGCAAGGUAGUGGUGCACCAAACGGUUUAGGCGGUGCUGGUAACUCAGGAAUGAGUGGUCCAUCAAUGGGUGGAAACAAUCAGGGAAAUCAAAACAAUAUGAGUGGAACCAAGACUAGUACUCAAGUCACCAUCCCUAAGGACCUCGCAGGCGCAAUAAUUGGUAAGGGUGGAGCAAGAAUCAGGAAAAUCAGAUCGGACAGUGGCGCUUCGAUCACUAUAGACGAGCCAUUACCUGGUAGUAAUGACCGGAUUAUCACAAUAAUCGGCUUACCCAGUCAGAUACAGAUGGCUCAGUACCUUCUACAACAGAGCGUACACGAAAAUGCUGAUCAUUAUUAACAAGGAAGAAAAAAAGAAGAAAAAAAUAAAGAAGAUUAAAAAAAAGGAAAAAGAAAAAAGAAAGAAAGAAUAAAAUAGCAUGAGAUUGAAGGAGCGGUAAAAGCAUUCAGGCGUGUUUUAGAGGUAUAUGGGGAGAGAGGGGAGCCAAAGAUACGUUUUUAACAUUUUCUAGAAACAUUUUUCUUCGGGUAAAGCGUGAAAAAGUGAUAGUAGAAACUUUUGAUGAUGGACGUGUUGACAUUCAAACAUACCUGUUUUGAGAGAAAGAGAGAGAGAGAGAGAGAGAGAGAGAGAGAGAGAGAGAGAGAGAGAGAGAGAGAGAGAGAGAGAGAGAGAAGAGAAAGAGAAAGAGAAAGAGAAAGAGGAC